AUGACCGAGGCUCCAGCGGCCGUCGCGCCACCGCGGCAGCUCGGACUGCAGCUCAGCCUUGUCAUCCUUGUCUUCGUCGUACAGUUCUUCGUGCUGCAGUACUGGUUCGCGUCGACGCCCAAUGACCCCCAGACGCUGCGCGAAGAGAUGCUCGAGAGCGUCAAGGCGACGCACGAGCCGUUCGUGCGCGCGGCUGUGCUCUACUUGCCGUCCGAGAAGGCGUUCCUGCCGCAGCUGCGCUGGUUCCAUGAGAGCUGGCGCGAGAUGCAGAAGCACGAGCCAUCGCUGUGGCGCACCGACAUGGUCGUCUUCACCGACUCGCUGCUGCCCGAGCUCGGCGCACUCGGCUGCGCCGAGCCCAACAAGUGCGUCGUCAUCACGAGCGGCUUCCAUGCGGCGCCCGUGCCCGGGUAUGCGCUCGGCGCGUCCGUCGGCGUCGCCGGCGAGGCGCAUCCGUGGGUGCAUGUCUACGACUACCUUCUGCGCACCGACCUCGAUACGUUUCUCACGCCGGCGUUCGCGUCGUGGAAGCCACACGGACUGACUGUGGGCUUUGGCGAGUAUGCGUUCGAAGGCUACAACACGAGCGCGCGGCUCGCACGCAUCGCGACGGACCUCGGGUAUGCCCCCGUGCAUGUCACCAACGUCGGCUCGAGCUGGUACGGACCCCGUGCAAAAGUGCAAGCGUGCGCGCGUCUCGCGGUGCAGACUAUGGUGUACCUGCACGAACGCGAGUUCAGCGACGUGGAGAAAAGCGCUGCGUACGGCGAGCAAGGCUGGCCCGAGUGGCACCACGGCGCCAUCAACUUGUACGCGAGCCACCUCGCGAUCAACGAAUGCACGGCGGCCGACGACAUGAAGGGCGGCAGCAGCUACGCGUUGGUGCGUCAGGACAUGCUCGACGUCCCCACGACGUCGCAAGGCUCGCCGUUCAAGCACGCGCAUCUGCGCACGCCGUGGCGCGACGAUCGCGAGGCGCCGACCUUUUCCAAGUUUGCCUUUGGCCGCGGCGAGUACGAUGCGAGCCAUGCAGACCAGCUCUCGCUCAGCCGCAUCGGAGACUACGCGCUGCGCAUGGCGCUCCGAGCCGGUGCGGCCAAUGCCACGACGACGACGACCGACGCCAUCCGUGUCCGCGCCGUCGUCGUCUUCCUCCCGGCGCCGACGUCGGCGACGCUCCGCAUGGAGUUUCGGACGCUGCACCGCAGCUGGCUGCACAUCCAGACGCACGAGGCCGACGCGAUGCGCACCGACUUACUUGUGUACACGACCGACAACGACGACGACGGCUUUCUCCACGGCCUUGGCUGCACGACCGCCCAUACGCGAUCGGAUCCGGCCCGCUCGAGCGCCUGCGUGCGCUACGGCAACGUCGUGCCGCAGCGGUCGUCCACGUUCAACGUCGAUAUGGAUCAUAUCCACGUGCUCUCGUUGGUGCCGUCGGUGUACGACUACAUUCUCAAGGUGACGCCGGAUGCGAUUUUGGCGCCCGGGCUCCACGCGUGGACGCCCGACUCGCUCGUGACGGCGUCAACCAUCUACGCGCUGGACAGCGUCGACACGAGCAGUCGGUUGGAGCGGAUCGCGACAAACCUCGGCCUCGCCACCGGCAGCAAGCGCAACAACAACUUUGGCGCGACGUGGUACGGGCCCGCCGUCGUGGUGCGCACUUGCGCAGCGCUCGCGAUGCGCGUGGCCAAGCACCUGGUGACCCACGAGUUUACGGACGAGGAAAAGAGCGACGCGUACGGGAGUCGUGGCUGGCCGCGCUGGCACUUUGGCGUGCUCGAGUUGUACGCGAGUGACAUUGCGAUCCACGACUGCGCACCGAACGUCGUCCAGCGACCCGACCUUUUGGAAGCGCCGGCGACGUCGCACGAUGCACCGUCCACGCACGCGGUCUUGCGCACGCACGAACACGACGGGGUCUUCAACAAGAAGGCGUUUGCGGCCGGCGAUUACGCCUCGGCAUCGGUAUCGCCCGACAACAUCGCUACCAACACGAGCGCCUACGCUCUCUUCAUGGCGCUGGACGCGCACAAGGACGCGCUGCCAUCGCCAACGCCGUCCUUGACGCGCGUCGACGAUGGCACGUUUGUACGCGCGGCGGUCACGUACCUGCCGCCAAAGACGCCCAAGUUUGUGCGGGAGCUGCGCUGGUUCCGCCGGAGCUGGCAGGCCAUGGCCGAGCACGAGCCUGCGGGGUGGCGCACCGACAUUGUCAUCUACACGAAAGCGAUGACGGCCGUCUUGCGCAGCCUCAACUGCUCGACCGCGCCGCGCAUGAAUCGGCAUGAACCCAACAAGUGCAUCGUUAUCACCAACUACACACCGCUGCGCACCAAGGCCUUCAACUAUGGCUACGGCGACUCGCUCAACGUCGUGGCCAUGGACAACGCGGUCAUGGACGCCUACGACUACAUGUUGCGCACGGACCUCGACACGUUUGUGACGCCAGCGUUUGCCACGUGGAAGCCGAAGGAGCUCAUUGUCGGCCAAGGCGCGUAUACGUUCGACGGCACGACGACGUCGGCGCGGCUUGAAAGCAUCAUCCAAAAGCUCAACUACUCGGCGUCAACGAUCCACAAUGUCGGGUCGACGUGGUAUGGGCCAGCCCAUGUCGUCCGGCGCUGCGCCAAGCUCACGGUGAAAACGAUGCUGUACUUGCACGAAUCCGAAUUCACCGCCGAAGAGAAGAGCGACGCGUACGGCAUCAAGGGGUGGCCCAACUGGCACUGGGGCGUGCUCACCUUGUAUGCCGGCCACAUCGCCAUCAACCACUGUGCGAAUGACGUGGGCGUCAUCAAGCGCGACGACAUGCUGGACUUUCCGACCACGUCGUCCGAGUCGCCGCACCAGCACGCGCAUCUGCACACGUGGCAAAACAGCGAACGCUUUAGCAAAUUCUCGUUUGCCGAAGGCAAGUACGCGAGCGAAGACAUGACCAAGUUGCGCUUCAACGACGUGAUCGCCGACUACGCCAUGUACAUGGCCCUGGACGCGCACAAGGCCCCUGGGCUGCUGCCGGGCGGAAGCGCUGGCAAGGCCACCGACCCGCCGCGCGAUAUCGACAAGAGCUUUGUCCGCGCCGUCGUCGUGCACUUGCCGCCCUUGACGCUGAGCCUCGCGACCGAGUUUCAAACGUUCCACCGCAGUUGGCAGUACAUUGUCGGCCGGCAGCCAUCGCAGUGGCGCACCGAUUUGAUUGUGUACACGGCGUCGGCGCCAGACUUCCUCUCGAGCCUCAACUGCUCGGCCGACUGGCAUCGCAACUCGAGCGACAGCGUCGAUGCGUGCAUCGUUGUCGACGGCCACAAGGACCUCCGCUCCAAGGCCUUUCCCGUCGACGUCGACAGCUUCCAAGCGCUCGCGGCAACGACCAACCCUCUCUACGAAUGGCUCUUCAAGUCGACCAGUGAUGGCAUUUUGGCGCCAGGCUUUGCGGCGUGGAAGCCGGCCACCAUGGUCAUGUCCAGCGCCUACUACGCCCUCGCGAGCGCCGACACGACCGAGCGCCUCGAAACCAUCGCGGCCAAGCGCAAUCUCUCGCGGAGCGACCUCCUCGAAGUGGGCUUGACGUGGUACGGUCCGGCGUCGCUCCUUCGCAGCUGCGCGGCCACGGUCGUCGACGUCGCUGCGUACAUGUACGAACACGAGUUUACAGACGAAGAGAAGAGUCCAGCGUAUGGCUCUCGGGGCUGGCCGCGCUGGCACAUUGGUGUCUUGGCCAACUACGCGGCCGACAUUGCGAUCAACCACUGCACGAUGGAUGCCGGGAUCGAAGGGCGCCCCGAAAUGCUCGAAGUCGCCUCGUCCGAAAGCGAUGCGCCGUCGGGCCAUGCACAUCUGCACACGUGGCACAACACGGAGCUCUUCAAUAAGAACGCGUUUUUCGCCGGCGACUAUAAGAGCGUCGACGCCUCCUCGCUCUCGAUCGAUACCAACACGAGUGCGUACGCCUUGUUCAUUGCGCUGGAGGCGCAAGCGCUCUCGGUGGCGGCAUCGACCAUCGACCCGGCGUCCAUCACAUCGACCAUGACGCGCGCCGCCGUCGUCUACAUGCCGUCCGAGAUCCAAGGCCGGUUCGUCCGCCAACUGCGCUGGUUUCUUCGCAGCUGGCAGGCCAUGGCCGAGUUUGAGCCGGCCAAGUGGCGCACCGACAUUCUCGUCUUCACGGACAAGCACCUACCGGUGUACGACGAGCUCAACUGCACGUCAAGAGUGCGCAGCUCGCCGGCCGAGCCGAACGCGUGCAUCAUCAUGGCCUCGUACACAAGCGUCAAAAGCGACGCGUUCAAGUACAGUUUCGCCGACUCGGUCAACGUCGUUGCCGUCGAGUCGCCCGCGCUCGACCCGUACGACUACCUCCUUCGAACUGACAUCGACACGUUCUUGACGCCGGCGUUUGCGACGUGGCAACCGUCCAAGCUCAUUGUCGGCCAAGGCUCGUACCUUGGCUCAACGACGUCGGCGCGCCUCGAAGAGAUCGCAGCCGAGCUCAAGUGGGCGAAGCCGACUGUUGGCAACAUUGGCUCGACGUGGUACGGCCCGGCCAAGACGGUGCGGCACUGUGGCAAACGCGCAAUGGAAGCCAUGUACUACAUGCACGAGCACUCGUUCACAGACCUCGAGAAGAGCCCCGAGUAUGGCGACCAAGGCUGGCCGCGCUGGCACUAUGGCGUCUUGAGCAUGUACGGCGGCGAGCUCGCAAUCAACGACUGCGCAUCCGACAUUGGGUUCGAGAAGCGGCCGGAUAUGCUCGACUUCCCAACGACGUCGUCCGAGUCGCCGUUCAAACACGCGCAUCUCCAUACGUGGCUCGACUACGACCGCUUCAGCAAGCUCGCCUUCGAACAGGGCCAGUACGCGGGCGAGACCACCGACGGGCUUCUUUACCUCGAGCACAUCAGCGACUACGCCAUGUACAUGGCGCUGGACGCCCACAAAGCACCGGGGCUCAUGCCGACGCCCGCGCCGUAGUUGCAACACCAUUUAACUAUAAUAAGCUGGCCAAGACUGACGCA